UUGGCUGGCGAAAAAUAAGAUCUUAGUCGAGUUUAUUGUAGAAUCUUGCUGACCUUGGAAGCCGAGACAUUCGGUCCGAAGCAACACCAUUUUUGCGACACCUAAUGUAACCUGCACGAGAACGCAACAUCCCGAGUUGAAAGCUUCUAAGCUGAGAAGAUUGAAGAGAGACCAGACACGUUCGUAUGAAGCAGUAGCCAAGAUUGAUCAAACUAGUUGGGUCGAAUAUGGAGAAGGGCAAGAAAAGAUUGGCCGUCCUCGUGGGGUGCAACUACCCGGGCACUCGGUACGAGCUCCGCGGGUGCAUCAACGACGUGCGCGCCAUGCACAAGGCGCUCGUGGAGCAGUUCGGGUUCGAGGAGGGCCACGUCAAGGUCCUGACGGACGGGCCAGGGUCGCCGGUGAUGCCGACCGGCGCCAACAUUAGGGCCACACUCGACCGGAUGGUCGACCUGGCGGAGCCGGGAGAUGUCCUGUUCUUCCAUUACAGCGGACACGGGACCCGGAUCCCGUCCGUCUUUCCGUUCAAGAAGGAUGAAGCAAUUGUGCCUUGCGACUUCAAUCUCAUCACCGAUGUCGAUUUCCGGCACUUGGUGAACCGCCUUCCGAAGGGGGCGACCUUCACGAUCCUCUCCGACUCCUGCCACAGCGGCGGCCUCAUCAACAAGGAGAAAGAGCAAAUCGGCCCGUCGGCCACCACGCCCGCGGCGGCGGCACAUCUCUCCUCCACCCCGAAGCACAUCCCUUUCCAAUCGCUGCUCCAGCACCUCUCGUCCCAGACUCACAUAACCACCUCGGACGUCGGGACCCACCAGCUGGAGUCCUUCGGCACGGAGGCGAGCCUCCGGUUCCGUCUCGCGCCACUCGAGGCGGCGGCGCCCUUCGAUCCGUUGAAGCCCGACGAGGGGAUCCUGCUGAGCGGGUGCGAAGUCAACGAGACCUCCGCGGACAUGGACCCGUCGGUGGAGGGAUGCAAGGCGUACGGAGCGUUCAGCGACGCGGUGCAGACUGUUUUGAAGGAGAAUAAGCGGAAGCUAAGCAACAGGGAGGUGGUGGUGCUGGCGAGGGAGGUGCUGAGAAGGCAAGGGUUCGGGCAGCAUCCAUGUCUGUAUUGCAGCGACGAGAAUGCUGAUGCCAGUUUCUUGGGGCAACACGAAGAAGAUGGUGUGCCUCGUUGAAAAAAGCUGUGCGGUUCGGAAAAAUUAAUCUGAUAUUGUUUUAUU